GUAUGUCGGACAGUCGAACCAGUUACGUUACUUAGUAGAUGAAAAAUUGAAAAUCGUCGGAAUACCAUACGUCUAGUACACUUAUUGCAUCGCAUGCGCAGACUACGAAAGUGAAGAUCAUAAAAUAGUAAAUAUUCUUAGCGAUUGUCGCAGGAUUUCGGUCAUUUAGUUCAUUAUUAUACUUGUUUGGCAGAUCCAAUGGAUGAUUCUGCUCCAGUGAUCGGCAUAGAUUUGGGAACCACGUACUCUUGUGUUGGUGUUUUUCAGCAUGGUAAAGUGGAAAUUAUCGCCAACGAUCAAGGUAACAGAGCCACGCCGAGUUUUGUCGCCUUCACACAGGCCGAGACGCUAAUAGGAGAUGCGGCGAAAAGUCAGUCAGCAAGGAACGUAAAUAAUACAAUUUUUCAUGCCAAGAGGCUUAUAGGUCGUAAUUUCGACGAUGUCACGGUUCAAGCCGAUAUGAAGCUGUGGCCUUUUCAGGUGGUUAGUGAUAAAAACAAACCAAAAAUUAAAGUCAAAGUCCACGGUACUUCUAAAACCUAUUUUUCUGAAGAAAUAUCGUCGAUGGUGCUACGAACAAUGAAAGAGACCGCUGAAGCUUACUUGGGUGAAAAAAUUGGAAAUGCUGUAAUCACGGUGCCCGCUUAUUUCAACGAUUCUCAAAGAUCAGCUACAGUUGAUGCGGCCAAAAUCGCAGGCUUGAACGUAUUACGUAUAAUUAAUGAACCUACAGCCGCUGCAAUUGCUUAUGGUCUAGACAAAAAAGAUUCAGGAGAGCAAACAAUAUUGAUUUUCGACCUCGGUGGUGGCACUUUCGAUGUAUCCAUUUUAUCCAUUGAAAACGGUAUUUUUGAAGUGAUUUCAACUGCCGGCGAUACGCAUUUGGGCGGUGAAGAUUUCGACGACAGAAUGGUCAAUCACUUCGUUCAAGAAUUCAAACAGAAAUACAAGAAAGUACUUGGAGAUAACAAGAAGGCCUUACGUCGCUUGAGAACCGCUUGUGAACGAGCAAAAAGAACUUUAUCGUCGGCCACUGUAGCCGCUAUCGAAAUCGAAUCUCUUCACGAUGGAAUCGAUUUUUAUAGUUCGAUCUCUCGUGCUCGUUUUGAAGAACUAAAUGCUGACUACUUUCGAAACGCCGUGGCACUGGUUGAAAAAGCUAUCAAGGAUGCUGAUAUCAGUAAAAAUCAGAUUGAUCACGUGGUUUUGGUUGGUGGCUCGUCCCGCAUACCAAAAAUUCAGAGAAUGUUGCAAGAUUUAUUCAGUGGAAAGGAGUUGAACAAAUCGAUUAACCCAGACGAAGCAGUAGCUUGUGGAGCUGCCAUACAAGCUGCCAUACUGAAUGGUGAUCAAUCGAAGAAUGUCCAAGACAUAGUUUUAUUCGACGUUACACCAAUGUCGCUGGGUGUUGGUGUUGGACUCGAUCAUGAAGAAAUGGAUGUGUUCUUUAAACGUAACUCGUCUAUUCCAGCAAAAAUCACUAAAGGACGCUGCACGGUGGAUGAUAAUCAAACUGUUGUAGAUUUCAAAGUGUACGAAGGUGAAUAUCCAACAACAAAGGAUAAUCAUUGGCUUGGUCAAUUUAGACUUACUGGAAUCCCUCCUAAACCCGCUGGGGAAGCGAAAAUGGAUGUAACUUUCGAAAUAGAUGCUAACGGUAUCCUAAACCUGACUGCUGUGGAAAGAUCUACUGGUAGUACGAAUCAAUUGACUAUCGCACAUGAUAAAGGUCGUCUCAGUAAGGACGAAAUUGAGCGUAUGAUCAAAGACGCUGAAGAAUCGUAUGUAAAAGAAGCGAGACGAAAAGCGGUAUUAGCUGCUAAACACUCUUUGGAGUCGUACUGUGCCGACGUGAAGAGCACUGUUGCAGAAUUGAAAGAUAAAAUCGAAAAAUCCGAUAGAGAUAUAAUUUUGAAAAAAUGUGAAGAAACUAUUCUCUGGUUGAAUUCGGACAAAUCAGCUAAAAAAGAAACUAUUCUCUGGUUGAAUUCGGACAAAUCAGCUAAAAAAGAGGUAUUCGAAAGUAAACUGGAAGAAUUGAAAAAAAUAUUCGAUACGAUCAUUUCGAUAGCCAAGCACCCUGAUGAAGCAAAGGAUAAAUAUUACGAAAUAUUGAAUGUUUCCAAAGACGCCAACAAAAAACAGAUUGAGAAAGCUUUCAGGAAAAUCGGUUCGAAAUAUCAUCCUGAUAAAUACAAGGGGGACAAGGAAAUUGCGAAUAUGUAUUGGAUAUUUAUUACAAAAGCAAAAAAUACUCUCAUUAAUCUAGUAAAGUGAAGAUUCUGAAUUAGUGUACAAUGCAGAUUGCCUACUUGAAGUUCUACGUAAUUGAGAACUUGAGAAAUUUAAGAUACCUAUCUAUCUCAUCACGUCAUCAGUCAUCAUUUCUCAGAUGUCAACGCCAUAUUUUCAAAUUUUGUGUUCAAUUCAAUAGCCCGUACAUUUUUUGGAGUAGGUACCUAGCUUACCAUUUUAUUCUAGGUACGUAUUUCCUGAUGAGAAUUUCAACUUCAUCUUGUCAACUUUUUUUAUUAAUGGUUUCAAAUUAUCAUGGCUUGUAUUAGUGGAGGUUAAAUCAAUAGGUAGUAUCAUAUCUGUAAUGAUUAGUUUAUAAAUUACAUUAUUCUUACCUAUUUAGUAUAUUUUCAUGGGUGGUACUAUAUUUUUUUCUUUAAUACAUGUAUAUUAUUGCUUUCAUUUUUGGUGUUUUCA